AAUGUGGAAAACACCUGACAUUGAUUGCCGUGGCACAUACAAUCGCCCGCUAACACACAGCAUAGGCACCAGCAUGCACGCCCACACACGCAGAGAGAAAGAGAAAAAGAGAGAGAAAGAGAGCGCGAUAGAGAACAGAACACCAGCCCGUUCUCGUGUGUCGUGCGUAGCUUCAUAUAAAAUGUGUCUCGAGGAAGUCGAGAAGCCGAUUGCGUUGCACAUCCAUGGCGGCCUGCAACGCCUCGGACGUCGCUAACCGCAGCGUUGUCGUGUCGAUGUGAGGGUGGGACACACGCGAGAAGAAAAAGGAGGAAGUGAGCGACGCACUCUCGUGCAGUACGCAGCCAGCCAGCCAGCCGGCCGCCACACCCCCCUCUCGUCGUCGGGGGGUGUGGGGCCGGCUGGGACUAUUGCAGCUGUGUCCUAUGCCGUACCAGUGGCGUGCCCGCGUAGGCGAUAGUGUUGCGCAAAAGGACAUCACUGAUGGCGGCGACGGCAGACUCCAGGUAGCAACAGAACAUGCUGUAAGGACAGAGGAGAGAGACAUCCGCACACACAGACACACACAGGGCUUGUGUGGUCCUCGCAGCUGUCCAGUCGACUCACUUGGUGCUGGCGGGCUCGAAGUGCAGGACCUCCAUCGUGUACCGGCGAGCGAUGGCGAGGGCGUCUGUCUGGGUCGGGGGCCGGUUUGGGACGAGCCGGGCACGGUCGAAGGCCUCCUGCAGGUUGCCGUCAAAGAACAGGCCCAGCAUGAGAAGGACAUACUUGAGGAAGCGGCUUGUAGUCAUGAGUGUCACAUGCGACAUGACGACAAUCGUAUCCAGCCGCUGGCCGAACUUGCCGAAAGACCGCUUGCCGCACUCGGCGAAACGGUCGAAGAACGCCGAGUCAGUGGCAGGAUUCUUGGUCGCUUCACGAAGGGCGUCACCGCACUGCACGUCCAGUGCUGCCAGGGGCUCGAUGAGCUCGUGAAGGACGGGAUGCAGCAGCUGCACCCCAUCCUGGACAAUCUGCGCUGGGAGCCGCUCGUGGGCGGUGGUGGCUACAUGCUGCAGGUAGCGUCGACGAAUUUUCACCACAUAGCAGGGGGGAAGCCGCAACGUCCUCUUGGCGCCUUGGUUGAUUUGUGUCCUCGCCGACGAACUGACCGCGCACCACCUGCAGACGCCUGCAAACAUUCACAGAAUACCGUGACGGGCUCGACAUCGUGCGACAGUGCAGCAGAGCCCACUUGAGGUAUUCCUCAAUGCUGCCGAUGAAGUGAAGCUUUGGAGGGCGCACGCCGAAGAGUGUGACGGCAUCAUAGCGCUUGUUCUGCACCCGGUCGGCAAUGUGGAAUUGCUGGUUGUCAGUCAGCUGCCGGUACGCAGGCAGGCGGGCCCGCAUCGCGACGCCGGCGAGCUGGUUGGCUUGAACACCGGCGGGCGUUGGUCUCCUUCUGCACUCCUCUU